AUGAGGCGCCGUCAGUACAGCUGUGAGCCUCGUCCCUUCUUCGCCAUAACUCUCAGUCGUCUCUGUGUCAUUUUCUUUUUCAAUGCCGCUCACCCCUUGGUGGACUCCAACAUCUCCUGGGACGGCGCUGUCCCGCAGAACCUUCUGCGGUGCUGGAAAUGGUCCGAUACGCCCAGCCGGGGCAGGAGGGGCCGCCCCCACGGGGAGGCGGGAGGGGGCUGGGGCCUCGGGGCCGAAGGCGAUUGGCCCGGAGGCCCCCCGGCGCGCGCCCGCCCAUCUGCUCGGGAUUUGGCGGCGGCGGCUCGGCCCGGCCGGCCGGACGCUGAUGGAACGGCCGAGAUGUUCGCUCCCCGGCUGCUGGAUUUCCAGAAGACCAAGUACGCGAGGUUCAUGAACCACCGAGUCCCCGCCCACAAGAGGUACCAGCCCACGGAGUAUGAACAUGCCGCCAACUGUGCCACCCAUGCUCUCUGGAUCAUUCCCAGCAUCCUCGGCAGCUCCAACCUCUACUUCCUGUCGGACGAUGACUGGGAGACCAUUUCUGCCUGGAUCUACGGCCUCGGGCUCUGCGGGCUCUUUGUGGUGUCCACCGUGUUCCACACAAUCUCCUGGAAGAAGAGCCACCUCAGGAUGGUGGAACACUGCCUGCACAUGGUCGACCGCAUGGUCAUCUAUUUCUUCAUCGCCGCCUCCUACGCGCCCUGGCUGAACCUUCGGGAGCUGGGCCCCUGGGCCUCCCACAUGCGCUGGCUGGUGUGGAUCAUGGCCUCUGUCGGCACUGUCUACGUCUUCUUCUUCCACGAGCGGUACAAGCUGGUGGAGCUGCUCUGCUAUAUCGUUAUGGGCUUUUUCCCCGCCCUUGUCAUCCUUUCCAUGCCCAACACCGAGGGCCUCUGGGAGCUGGUGACCGGAGGGGCUUUCUACUGCUUGGGCAUGGUGUUCUUCAAGAGUGACGGGAGGAUCCCCUUUGCCCACGCCAUCUGGCAUCUCUUUGUGGCAUUUGGUGCUGGUACCCACUACUAUGCCAUUUGGAGGUAUCUCUACCUGCCCAGCACCCUGCAGGCCAAGGUGUCCAAAUGA